AUGAUUAAUCUUAUUCCUGAUGGUUUGAUUAGUUUGUCAAUAGAUAAACAAACCUUUCAUCCAGUUGAACCAAUUGUUUUUAAUUAUCAAGUACAUGCUGAUUAUGAUUUACAAUAUAAUUUCGGAAAUGUAAGUGAUGCAGCUAGAAAAAGAAUAUUGAAUAGUAUUCAAACAACGAUGGGAUGGCAACCAUCGAGAAUGAUGGAGCUACCGAAUGGCACUGAUCAACAAUCGUAUUUCAGUGGUCAGUUGACAAGCCAAGUCAAUGCCAACAUGUCUUUUGCCAGUGUGUUUUUCAAUCAGACCGACGAUACCAAUAUCUAUUACAAUUUGGCAUACAACCAGAAUGACGGUCUAAUCAAAUCAUCGUUGAUCAUCAUGCGAGACGAUGGUGAUGAUCAACUCCGUUAUUCCAAAGCGAUUCGCUAUGCCAUUGAGAAGGGUAUCAUCGAUGUAUUCACUCAGGGUCAAGCAAAGGUGACAACCUACAGUCAACAGCCACCAAGUUUUCGAACUGGCAAUCGAUCCAUUAAAGUAUCGACUUCCAUUCUCGCAAUGUUCUAUCCAGUAUUCCUUGUACUAGGUAUUACAUUCCCAUUCAUCUUGUUUGUCUACUUGAUCGUCGAGGAGAAAGAACUCAAGAUUCGUGCAUAUCUGAGAGCAUUCGGUGUCAUCGAUACCAUCUACUUUUCAACUUGGAUUAUCGAUGGUAUGCUCGUUGCACUCUUCAACACCCAUUUCGGUAUCGGUGUUUUAUUAUCAUCUAUACUAUCACGUACAAGAGCAGCAAUGAUUUUUGCCAUUAUUAUUUUUUGCAUUGUAUUGAUUGGCUCCCUUGUUUUAUCAUUGUUGACAGAUAUACUGUAUGGUCUUUGGAGUAAUGAACCAAAGUAUUAUAAUUGGUUAAUUGCAUUCCAAAUUUUAACACCAUUAAAUUUCUUAAAAAUAAUGGUUGAUAUUUCAACAGUAACAAUUAAUACCAACUUUAUGUCGUCAAAAGAUAACGAUCAAAAUAGCAAGAGUCUACAAUACGAGUGGUCUAAUUUCGUUAACCAUAACAACAAUGCCAAUAGUGACAGACCUGUGACCACUACUUACAAUACCAACAACUAUAUCUUCAUUGCAACAUUGAUCUACUUUUUCCUGGCUUGGUUCUUUGAUAAGGUUGUACCAGAUAGUUUCGGAGGUAGAAGAGUUCCAUGGUUUUUCGCAACCAAAUCAUUCUGGUGGCCAAAUUCAAUUCCUGAUGACGUCAACGAAUAUGAUUUGCGUAAUAAUUUCAACUCAAACGAUCCAGACAUCCAACAUGAAUCAACAUGUGUCAACACCGACAAUUUCGACAACUAUUCAUUGGUUGUAAGAAACUUGGUCAAGCGUUACGGUUCAAAGAAGGUUGUGGACAACUUGUCAUUCAGUGCAGAGAAAGGAAAGAUUAUUGCAAUGUUGGGUCAUAAUGGUGCUGGUAAAACAACAACCAUCAACAUGAUUACCGGUCAGACAAUUAUUACUGGUGGUAACAUCUUUGUACAAGGUUACAAUGUAAAUACUCAAAUCGAUUAUGUAAAGACCAUGAUUGGGUUAUGUCCACAGUUUGAUGUAUACUGGCCUGAUUUCACAGCACGUGAACAUCUCACCAUUAUGACACUCGUCAAAGAGAAACGUACAAAUAUCAAACAUGACAUCAAUGAAAUUCUUCAAAGUGUAAGAUUGUCCUCGGUUGCCGACAACAUUGUUAGUUCUUAUUCAGGUGGUAUGAGACGUCGUUUAUCAGUUGCCAUUGGAAUCAUUGGUGAUCCUCAAGUGAUUGUUCUCGAUGAACCAACCACUGGAAUCGAUCCAGCCAAUCGUCGUUACAUCUGGAAGCUUAUCAAGAGUAUCAAGAAAGAUAAAUUGAUUCUUUUGACAACUCACUCAAUGGAAGAAGCCGAUGCACUCGGUGACAAGAUUAUCAUUAUGGAUGGUGGAAAACUCUCUGGUGCUGGAACAUCUCUCCAUUUGAAAGAUCGUUUCGGAACAGGUUACAAAUUACAUUUGGUCACAACAAAUAUUGAAGAAGCACAACAACUAGUCCAAAAUCAAUUACCAGUUGCCAAACUCGAUCGUAUUAACUCUAUGAAUUUGGUAUACACAAUUCCAUCGAUGGAACAACUCUCAUCAUUCUUGAAAUUCCUUACCGUUGAAAAGAGUAUUGACAAACUCAUCACUGAUUGGCAAAUUCAAAACACAACAUUGGAGGAUGUAUUCUUGCAGAUGGUUAGAAAACCAGAAGACAAAAAUAUGGAGGUACCACACCAAUCGGAAAAGAUAAAUCUGAAUCUCUACAAUGCAAAUUACACAUGGUUAGGAAGAUCAUUAAUUUUCCCCAAGAAUAUUUUAUUGAUCCCAGAUUGUCAUUUCACAAAUUCAAAAUGGGUGGAUCCUAGAAUUUCUCAAUGGAGUUGUGUAGAUGGAAGAGGUGACAAAAGUGAACUUGGAACUUUGGGAGGUGACUCUGGUGAAUUUUUGCUUGGUGUGGCUGCUUGGCAACAGAUAACCGGAACUUCAGAUGAUUAUAUUAUUGAUAAAAUGCAAAUUUUAUUUAAUGAUUUUCUUGAAAUCCAACCGAAUCCAAUGUAUAUGCAUACUGACGAUCAUGCAGAAGAGUUGGCCACCACUAAAAUGAGAGAAAUUUUCAAUGACCCAAACUUGGUCAUUAAUUUUACCAAUCCUGAUCCCGAGUAUCAAGAUGAAUUAAUGAAUCUUCUUACCGAUAAGAAUUAUAUUGGCUGUGGUCAUAUCAGAUUAAUAAUGAAUAAUCCUGACAAAUAUAACCUUUCUACAAAGAUAGUAUCCGAAUACCUGAGACAUUUUUAUUAUAACCUGUGGGUUGAAGAUUAUGAUAAGAAUGUAGUAUACUUUACAACAGAAAAGAAUCAAACUAAACAACCUUGUUUUUUGUUGGGAUUACAUGGAGAUCAUCACGAGUCAUCAAGUAUGAUAGUAGAUAUUACUAAUUUUGGAAAAUGUGAAAAUAGGGUAUUAACAACAAUUCCAAACCCUCAAAAUUGUGAUAGUUCAUUUAUUUUCCAUAGCAAUAAAGUUUUAGAUGCAAGUAUAAGAGGUAGAGUAAAGAGAUUCUUCUCCAAUCGUUUGGAUAAGGAAUAUAGUAAAUUCUCUGAUAUUGUUGAUCAAAUUUAUUCAAAAUGGCAAAAGCUAUCGGUUGGAUUCUUGGCACCCAAUCUACCAAUAUACCAAGUGAAUAUCACAAUUCAUUAG